AUGUCCGGAGCCUCCAGCGACCAGCUGCACAGAUCCACGCUGACCGUCUACCUGAACCUGAUGGACCACUUCAACCCUGGUCUGCAGAAGCUUGUCGCUCUAGGAAACAGCUACGUGAUGGCGUUCCAAGCCUUAGCUGUUUGCAGCGAGGCCUACUUCAGCGCUGUGUGUAAGAUGGGUGACCAGGCUCUUCACACGCUUUCAUCCCGCUCUUUGGGCGACGUCCUGAUCCAGAUCUCAGAGACCCAGAGGAGACUCACGGCAGAGAUGGAGGGAGUGUUCCGCUGGUUCCAGGUGGAGGUGCUGCAGGAGAUGGAGAAGAACGUCUCUCUGGAUGAAGAGUACAUCGACGGAAGUCGGCGAGCGUACGAGCAGGAGGUGAGGAACCAGGCGGAGGCUCUGGAGAAACAGCUUAGACGAGGCGCCUACAGAGACUCUCUGGAGAACAGCGAGUACAUGGUGUACCUGAGGCAGAGCCAGCAGGAGAUCCUGAAGGAGGAGGAGAGGAGGUAUCGCUUCCUGGCAGAGAAACACUGUGGACUCACACAGUCACUGCUCUUCCUCAUAAACAAGACCGGAGCUUCUCUCCAGCAGAAGGCGGACGGAUGGAAGGAGAAAGUGAACGAGACCAGAGGGUCCAGACCUCGCACGCCCACCCACCUGGACCAGGAGGCUCAGCUGCGCGGCUCCGUGAGCUCCCUGCUGCAGACGGUGGCCCGAGACGAGGACAUGUCGUGGGCCCGGAGGGAGCAGCAGGCGCUGGGCAGGCUGCCCUCUAGAGCUCCGUCUCCCCUCCCCAGCCGCUCCCGCUCCAGCUCCGUGGGGGAGUCUCUGGGUCUGGGGGGGGGGAGGAGCAUGAGAGCCCUGGUGUCUCACCCCUCCUCCUCCAACCCCAAGCUCCUCCCCUUCAACCGGGGGGAGACCGUCACCGUGCUGGUCCAGGAGCCCCGCAACGGCUGGCUGUACGGGCGCACGGACAGCAGCCUGCGUCAGGGCUGGUUUCCUGCGGCCUACGUGGCCCCCGGGGGCCCCGGGGAGGACUUCUCCAACACCCGGGCUACCAGCUCGGUCAGAAGCCACAGCAUGAGCAACCUGCUGGACCCCACGGACACCUACAGCGACCAAUCGGAGAGCAAGAGCUUCGGCGACGUCCCGCCUCCGGCCACGCCCGACCGCAGGGCCUCCGUGGACGCCCGGCCGGUCUCCCCUCUGCCCGAGAGGAAGGAGAGCUACAACGAACAGCCUCCUCCUCCUCCACCUCCUCCUCCUCCUCCCUCCAGGCUCAGGAGGAGCUCUGCUGACCUCCUCCCUGACCGGAGGCCCGAGUCAAAGCCUGAUGCCCAGGCGCUAUCACCACACGGGCCUCCUGAAAACCCACUGUUUCCACGGGGCACCAACCCGUUCUCCACCGUGAAGCUCCGCCCCACGACGACCAACGACAGGUCGUCUCCGGUCCUCCUUUGA